AUGGGUAGACGGCUGAAGAGUCCCAACGACUUGCUGAGGCGUGCGAGCGUGGAAGAGGCAGGCAAGCUGACAAGCUACCAUCGGCGACUCUUGGCAGCGAUGACGAGCAGUCGCGAGUGUGCCGAAGUGGCGAGGACACGAGAGCAAGAGCGGCAAGCGCGGUAUUAUGACCGCAGAGUGACGCAGAAGCGAGAGUUUGUAGCGGGUGAUCGUGCGUGGCUGUACAAGCCUCCGCGAGGGCCGAAGGCGACGAAGCUGGUGCUUCGGUGGCUGGGACCGGUGAGGGUGAUCGAGCCGGCGGGCUAUGAUAAUUACCUUGUCAAGCGAGAAAACGUGAGCGGCGUACCAGAGCAAUCUUUAGCUCAUGUCUCCUUCCUGAUCAGUUAUCACCACCCGGCUACAUUCUUGAAGAUGGCGGCGGCCGACAUCGAAGAGCAACUCGAGUAUGGCGACGCGCUCCAACUUGAAGCGAAUGAAGCGGCGGCAGCAACGGUUGUACGAGCAGAGGUGGCUCCUGUGCGUGCAGCUGCGCGCGAGUGGGCAGCGCAGCGCCGAGAGGGAGGACGGGGCGUGGCGGAGGCCGGCGAGCAUGUUGAUGUGAUGAGGUGUGGGGAGGUGGAGGCGAAUCUGCGUCUGACGUUCACGAGGAUCUGGAUUUGUUUAGGGAUCAACUGUAGGGGCGAUGCUGAUUGGCUGAAAUGA